AUGGAUCCACUUUCUGCCCUUUCGGUGGCUGGGUGUGUAGUGCAAUUCAUCGACUUCACGUGCAAAGUCGUUUCCAAAAGUUAUCAGCUCUACAGAACUCCUGAUGGAGUCUUACAAGAGGAUUUGGAGCUCGAAGCUAUUGCUGGGAAUUUCAGACACCUCACCUCACGGGUGACCAAAGCCUUGCCGUCAUACUUGGAGCUACGUGAGCAGACGCCGGAUGUUGUUGCGUUCCUUUAUAUGGUACAACAAUGUCGAGAGACUUCAUCAAAGCUUAUUAAUGUGAUUGAGACGAUUCGGAGAAGUGGCAAGAGUGGGAAAUGGAACAGUUUUCGCCAGGCAUUGGUUUCCGUCUGGAAAGAAGAUGAAGUCAAUCAAUUGACUCAGAGAAUGGAUCGGUUGCGACAGUCGAUGGUCCUAAAUUUGGUCUUUGCGAUGGGCAAGCAAACCUCUACACACAAUGACCUGCUAGAAAAGUUGUCUGAGAACACCAUGCGAAUGGAAAGGAAUAUCCUGCACGCUAUAGAAACCUCCAAUUGCAACCCACAGAACCAGCAACACCUCAUUUUCCUUGGUCAGCAGAUGUCAACUUUGGCCCAAGAAGAGUUGGAGCUGCAAACUGCUGAACGUCUUCGCGAGACCUUAUGUUUUCCCCGGAUAAGAGAACGAAAGGCCAGGAUACCCGAUGCUCACAGAGAGACGUUCGGGUGGGUCUUUGGGUUAAAUCAGACGCAAUUGCACCAAACCCAGACUUUUGUUAGGUGGCUUGAAGAAGAUAAGAACAGUUUAUAUUGGAUCACUGGGAAGCCAGGAUCUGGAAAAUCGACCCUGAUGAAAUAUUUGGUCGAAGAAUCGCAAACUCAAAAGAUUCUACAAGAUUGGGCCAAGCCAAAAACACUCCUAAGGGCAGAUGUAUUCUUCUGGAAUGCCGGUACCCAGAUCCAGAAGUCGUUGUGCGGAUUAAUUCGAUCGCUACUGUACGACAUGCUCUCCGAUAGAGCCGAUCUUGUAUCGGCAAUCUUCCCAGGUCGUUGGCGUAUGGCUCAAUUAUGCUUCAUUAUUCCAGGUGAUUGGUCCGAGGUGGAACUUUCAGACGCAUUUGAUCUGUUAAUUUCAUUGGUCUCCAAAGAAAGCAAAAUAUGCAUAUUUAUCGACGGCCUAGACGAAUACGAUGGCGAUCAUCGACAAAUCAUCAGCCUGCUCAAGAAAACGUGUUCGCAUACAGAUGUGAAGAUCUGUUUGUCAAGUCGUCCUUGGAUCGUUUUUGAGAAAGCCUUCCGGGAUUGCUCAAACCUUCGAGUACACGAAUUGACCUAUCGAGAUAUCACACGUUAUGUUGAAAGCACUUUGGCCGCUAACGAAGACUUCAUGGAAAUAAAGCAGACCAAUGCAUGUGUUGCAGAAGAAAUUAUUCGAGAAAUAUGCGUCAAGGCCCAAGGAGUGUUUCUAUGGGUUGUCCUAGUAGUUCGGUCAUUGGUCGAGGGUGUGGAGAACAAUGAUCACAUGUCCGAUCUACAACGACGGUUACGGAUGCUACCAUCAGAUCUCCAAGAGUACUUCAGUCACAUCAUGGCUGGUCUUGAAGAGUUCUACAUGAAACGGGCUUCUCAGUUCUUUCAAAUUGCCCUGAGCUCAGAUGGACCUCUCACCCUUUUGACAUAUAGUCUCAUCCACGAUGAGACAAUUACAAGUCAUAGUUCUUCGGUAGGGCCAUUGACCGAUACCGAGAUUGAGAGAAUGCACAAGAAGGCGUCCGACCAAAUAAACGCGUGUUGCAAGGGCCUCAUGGAAGUCAAACAAAGGGAAUUCUUCCCCGGGAUCUCACAAUAUUCGGUCGAAUUUUUACACCGAACGGUGAAGGACUUUCUGUUGAACAAGAUCAGCGAUGAUUUUCUCAAGCAAGGCAAAGGCCCUGACUUCGACUUACCCGUGCUCUUGUCUCGUGCGUUCUUGUAUCAAAUCAGACGUGUCCCAACUCACCACCCCGAAGAGUUGCGAAAAGACUUAGGCCUCUUGGUUGACAACCUCACCUUUUACGGGAGUCAAGUUGAAUCUCAGACACAGAGCUGCGAAUUUACUAAACCAAUGAUGAAUGAGGUGGGAAACUUAUUAUCUACAUAUAGCAAGUUCAAAGAUCCAGUAACGCCAAUCUUCAUCGGUCGCGAAAGCACGCAAGAAUAUGAACCAAUGCUUUUCGGUAAAGACUUCGAGGCGAACCCAGCUGCACUCACAAAAUCGCUCCUCAUACUCAGCAUGAGAACAGAUAUGAGAUUUUACUUUGAGGCAAAAUUGGACGAAAAUCAGCAUCUUUUGCUAGAUGAAACAUAUCGUCCCUUGAUCGAUUAUGCGCGCCGAGCACCACGUACUCCAACAAAACCCGCCAUAUUCGAGCUCCUUGACUGUCCCGUUUCUUUAGCCAAUGUGAGUUUCGAGCCUUGUACUUGGGCGGUGGAGAUCAUCCUUCGGGCACGGAAAGAUGUAGAAAAUGCAUCGUGGCGACCCAAACCUAAACACCCCGCGAAGUGGUUCGAGGCAGGACGUCCUAAAGCAAAAAUACCCGCAACAACAUUGCAAGAGGCAAACCCGCAGGUGACAACCCUGCAAGACACCAAUCUGCCAGUGGUGAUGGAGCACAAGACUAAGAGUCCUUCAUUUCUCGGGAAGAUCAAGAAUCGGAUAAAGUCCAAAAAAUAA